CGUUACUUGAAGGAUGGACGUUAUCACAUAUGGUGCCGCUGAGCUCAAUUCAAAUCUAAAAAUGUAUUGAUUUGACCACUCCUGAAAGCUCCACGAAUUGUCGAUGUGACGCACCAGUCAUCUCACGACAGUUUGACCUUCAAGUGCUCGCACCCUCCAACAGUAGACGAUACACCUGAAGCGCUGCCAAUCUCAUGCUUCUGUUAUUUCUCAUCGUUUUCGAUUGCUUUUAUUCUACGAUGCUGACAUGAUCUCGUUGAUCUUUCACUGAUAACCGAAAGCAUCUACCUUUCCUCAGUCAUUUGAAUAUUUAUUUGAAUACGUAGUCCGUCUCCACCUUGCUGUCAAACAACCAUAAUAACAAGUCUGGCCAUAAUCAUAUUAAGAUUGGACCACUGUAGUAUAUCUGUCUGUUCCGAUCAACUACUCUAUUCUUAGUUGCUUCAGUUGUAAUAUACACACCCAUUUCCUUUCAAACACGGGGUUUGUAGAUUAGUUACUGAAUCCAUGCAAAGUUUCUAGGACUGUCAAAGUCCUAUUCUCUUAUAGCGUAUAUCCUCACUUAUCUCUGUUAUUUUCCCUCGAAGUUUUUAUCGCGUACUUCCUCAAAUUUUCUCACAUUUUAAACUUUAAUAUAAUGAAUAGCAUGCACAGUCAUAGCGUUGCCACAAGCAGCCAUACUAAAACCAAAAGUAUGACUAGCAUUGCUAAAGGUUUUAAUUCAGACGUUACUAACUAAUAGACAAUCUCCGUUUAUAGCAAUAGGAUUAUAAAAAAGCUCAAGACAACAGGAAAAAGCCUCAAGUCAAUGUGAGCAACAACCCGAGUUCCCAAUUUUGAGGAAAAUUUGACCCAUUUUAGGGAAGCCACCAUAGUCAACUUUGGGGAAAUGGCUCAAAAACCCCAAAAUUCCCCUUUAACCUUGGUCAGGGUCAUUUGACCCCAAAAUUUCCUCAAACUUGGGAGCUCGGGGUGGAUUACUCAGCUCAAUCGUUUUAUUUAGUGUUCCAUUUUGGAGAGUAGUGUAUUGGAAAGUAGAGUAGCCUCUGAUAAAAAAACGACGGGGCAUAUACUGUACAGUACAAAGAAAAUGUUUUACUUCAGCCAAGCAAUACCGCCUGUGUAAGGUCCAAGACGUAGCAAGGGUAAGCCCUCUCUACUCAGGGUAAGUUUAGAUUCAACACACGUUACAGAAGAAAUUUUACACCUCAGAAACCAUCUGUUAAGCGACCCUUUUAAAUUUGAGUUUGACGCAACAAGUCGUGGGCCUUAAGAGAUGCCUGUAGAUCGGCAAAUACACGAGAACCAACCAGCAUGGUGGUUCGCGGAGUGCCUGCGCUGGUAGUUGAUAGUUGUGAUAAAGCUCACAAACACGAUAUGUAACAGUGGCGUUGGGUAUCACAUAGCAUAGGCUUUCACAUCACUACAAUAAUUAGCGUGUCCAGGCUACUUCGUCCUUUCCACCUCACUAUCAUUAAGUCUUCUCUGGUGGCUGUAAACUUCAGAAACCGAAUGGGCUUAACUGAGGCUCCUCAGACGUGGUAGGACUCGAGGAACGGUCUCUCUAAUCACGUCAAAUGUUGCAAAAGCCAACCUAGAUCGGCAGAGCAACAGCAGAAAGAUCAAAUAGAACACAAUUCGGUGUCGGCUGACCUUGAUUAACAACCGACAGUUUAGAUCACAGAGAACAUGGUUUCGCUAAUGGGACAUGAUAUACAGGCGAAACCCUACAAAGUUCAGUUCCCACGCAACUGACUAACACAGUUUAAACAACAAUCUCCUUAAAAUCCGGUUGACCCAUACGUCUGUAGAGGAGCAUCAGGUGAUGAGAGUGGUGGUUAACAGUGGAUGACCACUUGUGGACAAUGAGGGAUAUGAUUCAGUAUGCUAUCCAACACAAUGUACCACAACGUAAGAAUACACUCGGAAAGCGAAGACCCUGUGUUAGACGAGUCACAAAACGCUUGCUACUGACCAAACGGUGAGCCUGGGACAAGUUGAGAGUCUCCGUGAAAGAUUCUAAUCUUAGCUUUUACUUGGCAUUGAGAAACAGAUGCGACGCCAGAGUCUGCAGUAAUGGGAUAUGUAUUCAGGUCAAGCUAGCGGCCAAAAUCCAAACUGACCCCAUAUAUCUCUACUGAUUCAUGAUCAGGAGGAAGCCCACAAGCCAAGGGAUCUGUACUCGUAGAGGGUCAAAUGGCUUUGAGAUGUCAGAGAUCUUUAGCUCCAACUUCACAGACCAACUAAACUAGGAGCCUAGAAGCGCGAAGUAUCUCUGAAUUUAAGUGGCAGUUUAGGGUCUUGGAUUAGUAUUUCGGAGACUAAAAUCCCUGCGUCCAGCCGACCUAUAAUCCUGAAACACUGUGCGGAGGCCAUCAGGACACUAGUGUUUGACGUGUUCAGGCACUCGCUAGAUUUACACCAACUGCCAAGAGAAUGUAAGCAGUCCACUCUCUACAAUCUUCAUUGAGGCGAUAGGGAAGACUCAACCUGUUACAGACCUAUUGCAUUAUUCCCAAUACCGUCGGAAGUAACAGGAGGACUGUUGAAUGAACAAAUGAGAGAAUAGAUAGAUAAAAACAACAUCCUAUAGGAAGUCCAAUGCGGACUCAGGAAAGGCAGCUCCUGUGAGUCCAAUCUCCUCAUAUCAUGACAAAGCUGGAAGACCUGUUGGGACCAAAAGAUACCGAUUUAUCUAAUAUUCCUCGAAUUAGCUAAAGCUUUUUAUACAGUGCCUCAAGUACUCGCAGCAAAGGUUGCAAAGAUGGGUUAGAUAGGCCCUAUUCUAUCUUGGUUCCGAAACUUCCUAAAGAAGCUUGAUCUCAGACUUGUACACCCCAAUGUUGUUCCUAACGCUGCUUAAAACGUGCGCAUGGCCCCACCUUGAGGUCCACCAUGUCGUUUACACGUGCGCGUAACAAAGAUGUUGGGUAUUGGCAGUGUAUUCUAUCUACUUGCUGAGAGGUCGGCUGACAUUUUCUUUUGUUCUUUUCCCUUCCAGACUCUUUCACUGUCUUAGCAUACAAGGUACUUUCAGGUUAGACGGAAACGUACCCAAAACUGAACACCACAAUUAUUUCAUCUGGAUUUGCUUACGCACUGUCCUUCGCUCUAUACAUCGGAUCUUUUUUCCGGAGUUUGACAUCUGACCAUCUCUUCAUAUUGUCCUGACGAAUUUUCGUUUAUACUGCACGAAAUUGAAAUAAAUUUGGCGUUGAAUCGUGUUAUUUUGAGGAUGAAAUUAGAUUACAAAGGUUGUUGUAACUUUUUGGAUACCAGAAGGUUAAACAUCAUAAAUGAAGUCAACAAUAUUUCUUUGAAAGGAAACAGCUUCUCUAGUGCUUUCAAGUCAUAUUUCCAAAGUCAAACUAUUCCAAAUGAGGUUUUGUGGUCACUAGAAUGUUAUAACGAUGUCUACUGCGGUAUAUAUAAUUCUUCUGGGGACCUGUUCUUCACUGCUUCGCAAGAUGGGUUUAUUCGAGUAUUUGAUUCUUCUGGACAUUAUUUUCGUUACAUGAAUGAGAUUAAUGUUCCUGAAUAUACCUGGAGUAUUGUGUCACUCUCUUUAAGCAAUUUGGGGGAUACCCUUGUUUUCUGCAGUUUGUCUCCUAUUCUGUAUUUCACCAGUCUAACCGAUGUGCGUGAUGAGGAGCUAAAUCUCAAACAUGCCGAACUUCAACCUGGUGUAAGAAAUAUAACGAAGACUUUCAGUGUUGAUUUUCUUGGCGGGAGUAGUAAUCAAGUGGUUAGUGGACAUAACAAAGGUAUGGUUUAUGUGACGGAUCUGCAGACAAACAAGUAUGAAUCAUUCGCUGUAAAUCCACGAUCAAAAGCUGAUGUAAAUGCUGUUACUACACUGGAUCGAUCAAGUAAUCUUAUCCUUGCGGGUAGUGAUGAUACAAAUGUUAGACUUUUUGAUAUUCGUGCAUUGAACAAAGGGUGUCAAAGUUUAUUUUCUGGACAUGUGGACGGUAUCACAUAUUUAGAUUCAAAGCGAAUGACUCCUCGUUCUACUUGGGACUAUCGAAUUCAUCCGAUUCCACGUGGAUAUCCCAUACCUUCUAAACAAAAUUCUUCUAAACCUAUUCGAGGUGAUAACUCUGUGCUUACACUUUCUGGACAUAAAGUUCGCAACACGUUAAUUCGAGCACGUUUUUCGCCUGCAUUUAAUACUGAACAAAGAUUUGCUUACUCUGGAAGUGCUUAUGGUAAUUGGUAUAUAUGGGAUUUGUAUUCCGGAAAAGUUGUUAAACAUUAUUCGUGUGAUGGGCAUACAAUACGAGAUAUAAAUUGGCAUCCAUAUGAACAGCAAAUAGUUACCUGUGGUACAACGGGUGAUAUAAGUUGUUGGGUAUAUAAUCGGAAUAAAAUGACACGUUCCAAGAAAAAGUCUCAGAAAAAAAAAGAAAGCAAACAUUUAAAUUCUUCUCUACCAAUCGUAGAAGCUGAUGACGAAACAUUUCAUGAACUACGUAAAUUAGCUAAAGCUGGUUUAAAAUAUCGGGUAAAAGGAAUUUUUGAACGCCACAAGUCAUCAAUAUUAUCCCGCUUUAUUGGAUCUAGCGAUUCAGAAGAUGAAGAUUUUAUUACUGAUUAUGAAUCAGAUGAAAGUUCCAUUUUUCCAUUUGAUCAUUACUAUUCCUUUAUUGAUGGCAUAUAUUUUGAUGAAUACUAUGAAGAUAUUGAUUCAGACUUUUAUCCACCAUCUGAUGAUGAAUUUCUUUUCGAUACACAAUCAUAUAUACCUCCAUUAACACGCAAUCAACAGAGACAUUUAAAUCCCGAUGAAGAAUUAACUACUGAAUCUAUUAAUAAUGGAUCCACAGCCAGGAAUUCUCAAAGACCUAGCACUAGACCAAAUAAUCGCCAAACAAGAUCAGCAACUCAGAGACAAACCCAACAAAUUACUCCACAAAGGAGUAUUCGUCGUUCAUCCAGGAGACGUACACGAGGAAGGUCUAGGAACUAGAAACAUUAUUCAUAUUAUCAGUAGAGAUUAUUCAUGCGAAUUUUUCAUAUUUUAUUUGUUUCAAUAAAAGAACAUAUUUAUGUUUCGA